GGAAUGGGCGACGCAGUUGAUCCUGGAUAGUCAGUCGAAACUGAUGUCCAAGUUUUCGGCGGCUUCGAUUGGACAGGAGAUCGCACAGGCUUUGGAGAUUCCAGGAAGCCGGAAAACGCCGAAAACCAUCAACCAUAAUUCGGAACGCAAGGGGAUGUUGAUUAGCAUUUUGAAGAAGCUGUAUCACGACUUCCGGAUGACAGGCGCGAGUGGUGCUCAUGAAUUUCUGAUAGACGAAGAAGUAUUCUGGGACCAACAUCUGGCUCACAGAAGUUCCGGGUCGGCGAAUGAUUCAUCGAAGCCUAAAGGUGCUGGGAAGAAAUCUCGCGUUUUAAUGGAUUGUUCACCGAGCUAAUCGAAUAUAUCACUCUCUAAACGAUGGUCGGUGAAUAAAUUGCGCAAAAAAGUUUA